AUGAAGGAGGAAGAUAAGGGACUCGUUCGUCCAGUGGACAGUGCGCCCAUCACUACCAAAACCAGCAGGCAUGGCAGUGCAAGAGUAAUCCCCCCGUACCCAGUCCAUCAGGACAGCCACCAGCCCUUUAUUUUCUGCCUGGUAGGACUCUAUAGCUGUCGGUGGAAGAAAUACAGCCAGAAAACAGCAAGGCCAGGGCAGUGCUGUUGUGGCAAGGAUGAAUGUUUAUUUUUCACACUGUUGCUUCUAGCAUUCUCUCUCUGGUUCAUCUUCCUGUACAUGUGGUCGGAAGCAAAGAAUGACUAUCAUAACUUCGAUGGGUAUGCCUAUGGGAAUUUAGGCUUCUGGUUUCAGUGGUCCACGUUUGUCCUGUUCUUGGCACUGUUUUUAUUUUUAUACAUUUUGUUCCUAGUGGUCUUAGCUCUGUGUCUGUUGUUGGAGAGUCAGCAGCUGUACCUGUAUAAGGGCCACAAGGCAGCAGUGACCGUCUUCCUGUGCCUCUCUAUUUUUGGCUUAGGCUUGAUCACACUUCUGUGGCAUAAACAGUGGAAUACAUUUUACCUGUCAUUUCAGAUCACGGCUCCAUUUUUUCACUUAGGCGCCAUCUGUGCCAUGAUCAUCCUGGCUUGGCCAGUAUCAUUGCAUUUCUUCCGGAUGAAAAGUAAAGUGAUGAAGGUGUUUAUCCUUUUCCCGUACUUGGCCAUCCUCCUCCUCCUCCUCUUCAUACCUUUGGGACUGUACUCUCCCUGUAUCCGGGAGAAGGGAACCUUGGGUCCCAAGCCAGAACUCAUUGGCCACAGAGGAGCUCCAAUGGUGGCUCCCGAAAAUACAGAAAUGUCGUUUGUUAAAGGCAUUGAGCACGGUGCUUAUGGUUUGGAGACAGAUGUCACAAUUAGCUUCGACGGUAUUCCCUUCCUGAUGCAUGACAGCACUUUGAAAAGAACCACCAAUGUUCGGUCUUUAUACCCUGAGUUUAUGAACGAAGAGGCUGCCAUGUUCCCGUGGUCUCAUCUGGAGAAGCUGAACUCUGGAAGGUGGUUCUUUGAGAAAAGGCCGUUCUUUGGCAUGCCCCCGCUUUCACAUGCAGACCGCCAACUGGCAAGGAGGCAAAAAAUCUACAAGUUCGUCGAUUUUGUGAAACUGGCCGAUCGGCACAACAAGUCCAUCAUCUUCGAUCUUUACCGCCCUCCAAAGUAUCAUCCGUACAGGAACAGCUAUGUCCAUUUGGUCGAAGACGUUCUCCGAGUUCAAGCGAAAAUUAAGCCCCAUUUGGUCCUUUGGCUGACCAAUACAAACAGAAAGUAUGUACAGGUUCAUUCUCCUGGAUUCCAGCAGGUUUCAGGCCAUGAAGUCAGCAUCCCUGAGCUCAAGGCGAAAAACAUUGUGAAACUUAACUUGGAUUACCGAACACUGACCAAUAUAGAUUUUCAGAAGUAUGCAGAAGCCAACAUCACAAUUAACCUUUGGGUGGUCAGCGAACCCUGGCUUUUCUCCUUGGCCUGGUGCUACGGAGUUAAUUCUGUCACCACAGACGCUGUGCACACUCUCAAGGCCCUCAAUCAGCCUUACUUCCUCAUGACACCCCAUGAAUACAGGACUAUGUGGAUCAUAAUAGAUGUGGUGGCGAUUGUUCUCGUCUGUUUCAUCUUUGGUCUCCUUCGGUAA